AUGCCAGUCACAAAAGAGACCCUGGAGUCGUACCGGCAGUUCUACCAUGACCAGCUGAUGGGCGACUGCGUUCCGUUUUGGAUGCGCUCCGACCUCAUUGACCGGAAGCACGGGGGCUAUAUCACCUCCGUGGACCGUGAGGGCCGCUCCUACAACAACGAUAAGUCGGUGUGGUUCCAGGGGCGUUGCCUGUGCACGUUUUCUGCGCUGAUCAAUCGCUACGGGCCGAGGGAGGAAUGGCUGGAGGCGGCGCGUGUCGGCAAGGAGUUUAUGGAGAAGUACUGCACCGACACCGACGGCCGGAUGUUCUUUACAGUGACGGCGGAGGGCAAGCCGCUGCGGAAGCGGCGUUACAUGUACUCGGAGAGCUUCUAUGUGAUGUCGAUGGCGGAGUACGGUCUCGCGACGGGGGACAAGGAGGCGCUGAGGAAGGCGGAGGAGCGGUAUGAGCUGAUGCUGAAGCUGUUCCGCACGCCGGAGAAGGAUCCGUUCAAGAUAACCCCCAAGUCGUAUACGGAGACGCGCAGCGACCGUGCGUGCGCGGUGCCGAUGGUGCUGCUGAGCUGUGCUCAGCUGCUGCGUCGCUGCGACCCCGCCAAGGCGGACUACUACACGAAGGUGACCAGGGAGGUGGUGGACGUCAUCAUGCGCUACCACUACAAGCCCGAGUACCGCUGCGUGCUGGAGUGCGUUGGGCCUGACGGCGGCAAGAUCGACACGCCGGCUGGGCGCUGCAUCAACCCCGGCCACUCCAUUGAGAACUCGUGGUUCCUGAUGAACGAGGCGAUCUACUCGAACGACAAGGUCCUUCUUGAGAAGGCGCUCAACAUCUUGAACUGGUCGUUGGAGAUUGGUUGGGACGAGGAGUUUGGUGGAAUUUUGUACUUUGCGGACGUGGACAAGCGUCCCUGUGAGCAGCUGGAGUGGGACAUGAAGCUCUGGUGGGUGCACAACGAGGCGCUGAUCGCCACCCUGAUGGCGUACGGGCUCACCAAGGACGAGAAGUACUUCAAGUGGUUCGAGCGUCUGCACGUCUACUCCUUCGGCCGCUUCGCCGACAAGGAACACGGCGAGUGGUACGGCUACCUCCACCGCGACGGCACCGUGUCGCACACGCAAAAGGGGUCCCUGUGGAAGGGCCCGUUCCACCUUCCUCGCUGCCUGAUGAACUGCGAGGCGCUUCUCCAGCAAAUCUCGGAGGGGAAAGCGCUCAAGCCUAUCCUCUAG